GAUGAUUUCUAACCCUUGGAUGUAUUUUAAUCCAAGGGUUAUAGUGUAACUGCUGGGGCUACUCUAAGUGACUCACAGCAGCCCCCGGACCCCCAGCAGUGAGUAUUGAGUGCCCACACCUCAUCAAGAAAACUGCAAAUGAAUUCAGCCCCAAAACCCCCUCUUUUCUGCUUAAAAUGGCCAUGGGAUGCUAACAACAGUAAUAACGAUCCUCAGAAAAGUCCCUUAACCCCCACCAACAAUCCCUGCUCUUUGGAUACCCCUUGGCUUUUCAAAUCGGUCAAGAAUUUAACCGUUGCGGCCCUCAAUUUGGUCGAUUUUGCAGUUCACCAAAAAGGCCCUUUUGCAUCCGACCAAAAGAGAAAUGUUUUGAGCCCUCAAGAGCAAGGAGAGGCGGAGCAGAGGGCAUUUGCAGGCGCUCUAGCGAGCGGGAAAGGUGCUACGGUCAUUGAGUUUUACUCUCCAAACUGUGGACUCUGUAAUUCUUUGCUGGGUUUUGUGAUGGAGGUUGAAAAGAGGAACUCCGAUUGGCUUAACAUCGUUAUGGCUGAUGCAGAGAAUGAUAAAUGGUUGCCUGAGCUCCUCCAUUACGACAUCAAGUACGUCCCAUGUUUUGUGUUGCUAGAUAAAAACGGGAACGCACUUGCAAAGACUGGCAUUCCAAGCAGCAGACUCCAUGUUAUAGCAGGUGUUUCCCAUCUUCUCAAAAUGAAACCACCUCAGAAAAAUUAGUAACAAAUGUCUAUCUAGGUUUUGGUAUUAUUAGGUCGACGUUUGAAUUGACUAUAUAAGAUGCUCUCUUCAGGAAUUGAAGUCUUUCAUUAUAAUAUAUGAUGAGUUGCUAGUUACUGAAACGAUGUUAAUCUUUCACUUUGGUAUUGCAUUGUCAACUUGUUACAACUUCAAUGGGGAUUCACAUUACGAAUUUUUAUAACCUGUAUUUCGCAAU